AUGUUUUCUCUUUCGAGAUCUUCAUCACGUUUCGCAUUGACCCUCAUCAAGCACGGCAACAAUAAUUUAUUUAUUGCUUUUUCAUCGGCAUCAUUGCGUGCUUUUUCAUCGUCCAUGAUUAAUAAUAGCGGAGGCCAUGGCAAUACUCCCUACAUUCAAAAAACUGCUGAAGAAGAAAAUUAUAAACUUGAAGAUGCUGCAAAACAACACUGGAAGAUGAUUGAAGACUUCACAGAUCCAUCUGCCGAAUUUUUGGAUUUGGAAGCUCUUCCUCCUAUUGAAGUUGAAGGUCAAACAGCUGUGUGUAAUGGCUUCCACUCCAACGGAAUGGGACACCCAACAGAAUACAUUAGAGUGAAUUUUGAGACUCCCGAACGUUGCAAAUACUGUGGAGUAAAAUAUAUCAGAAAGCAUUAA